AUGGAGCUCCCUGAACCGUUUGCCAGCAUCCCGCGGGAAUCCUUCCUGUUCGGCCCCUCGCCCAUCCAGGCGUUGCCCAACAUCAGCCGCGCGCUGGGCGGCAAAGUGAACAUCUACGCCAAGCGAGAUGACUGCAAUUCCGGGUUGGCGUAUGGAGGGAACAAGACAAGAAAACUAGAGUACCUUGCUUCGGACGCCCUGGCGCAAGGAUGCGACACCCUGGUCAGCAUCGGCGGAUACCAGUCGAACCACACGCGGCAGGUGGCCGCCGUGGGGGCCAAGCUGGGGAUGAAGGUGUCGCUGGUGCAGGAGAAGUGGGUGCCGUGGGAGGACCCUGUGUACGACAAGGUGGGCAACAUCCAGCUGUCGCGACUGAUGGGGGCGGACACGCGGCUGGACCCGUCGCCGUUUGGGAUCGAGCACAAGGCGACGCUGCGGGCGUUGAGCGCGGAGAUUGAAGCCCGGGGCGGCAAGCCCUACUACAUCCCCGCGGGGGCGUCGGACCACCCGCUGGGCGGGCUGGGGUUUGCGCGGUGGGCGUUUGAGGUCGAGGCCCAGGAGCGCGAGCUGGGCGUCUUCUUCGACACGGUGAUUGUGUGUGCGGUGACGGGGUCGACCAUGGGGGGGAUGGUGGCCGGGUUCAAGCUGGCGCAGGUGAAGAACGGCUCGCGCCCGCGCAAGGUGAUUGGGAUCGACGCCUCGGCGACGGUGCCGCAGACGUUUGCGCAGGUGCUGCGCAUCGCGCGCGUCACGGCCGUCAAGAUCGGCCUGCGCGAGGAGGACAUCACCGAGGAGGACAUUGUGCUGGACGACCGCUACCACGCGGGCGUCUACGGCGUGCCCGACCAGCAGACCAUCGCCGCCAUCAAGUUCGGCGCUGCCACCGAGGGCUUCAUCACCGACCCGGUCUACGAGGGCAAGAGUCUGGCGGGGAUGAUCGACAUGGACCUUACUAUCUUCCUAUCAACAUGA